ACGUAGGUGAAGCCAUAAGAGAGAGAGAGAGAGAACUGCAACAAAAGAUGAGAGUUAUAAAAGCAAAAGAAGAAGCAAUGAUUCUUUCUUCCUAUGGGAAUUUGUAAUCAGAAUAAUAAUAUAGUUUACUAUUCUGAAAUCUACUCUUUUUCCAAGGGAGAACCGUAGGAAAAGAGCCUUCCAUCUACCUUCCUUACACCUCCUACCAUCCUCCUCCUCCGAUGCUCUGACCACCGCCUCCUCCGUUUUCUGCCGCCGUUCGCCCCCUACCAUUCAGCAAUCUUUGUUGUAUUUGAAUCUUGGCAUUUGGAUCAAGAAAUGCUGUAGAACAAGAAAAUCUUGAAUUCGUAUUCGCAUUUUGGUCGAAUAUUGUUGUGGUAAGAGCUGAGAGCAAUGGAGGAUAAUGGAGGAAGCUGCAAGGUGACAGGAAUCAGGCAAAUUGUUAGACUCAAGGAGUUCCUUCAGAAAUGGCAAAACGUAACACUUAGCCCCAAGGGUAAUAACGCGCGAUCUAACGAGAAUCAAGUUCCUGGAGGCAUUUCACCGGCAAUUAAUAGAAGGCUGAGGAGCACUAACGUAUAUUGCGACUCUGAUGAGGAUGGUUGCCAGAGCCCAGAAUCACCGAAUGAUGUUCCAAAAGGUUACCUUGCAGUGUAUGUUGGGCGGGAGCUUAGGAGGUUUAUCAUCCCCACAAGCUAUCUUAGCGAUCCACUGUUUAAGGUGUUGCUAGAAAAGGUUGAGGAGGAGUUUGGAUUUGAUCAUAGUGGCGCUCUUACAAUCCCGUGUGAGACUGAGACCUUCAAGUAUCUCCUGCAGUGCAUGGAAAAUCAUCGAAAAGAGCAAGCCGAAGGUAACGCAGCUGGGACAUCAUAUUCUGUUGAGUGAGGGAAGUAACUUGGUCUCUUCAAAGAUUGAGAUAUAAUAGGUGGCAUGUAUAACGAAGGUCUCUUUCUUAUUGUAUGAAAAUUUUCAGUUUUCCUGUUUCAUAUUUCUUUCGAAAUGACAAAUAUUAGAUAGAUAGAAUUAUUGCU